AUGUCUGGAGGCGACUCAACAGGAAACAUCCCAGCGGGAGACUUCGACCUGCUGCUAUUUAGACGACGUCGAUUCCGCACCGCAAAGGCUUGCUAUCCGUGUCGACGACGAAAAGUCAAGUGUGACCUUAACCAGCCAUGCGGGACUUGCAUCAGUCGGGAGCAUCCCGAUUUGUGUGACUACACGACCAAUACCUUUGCUGGAGCGGAUCCAUCCACUUCCGAGCAGAGCCUGGAUAGCAGGGAGCAGCAACAGUCAGAAGCUGCCAAUGUGAACUCCACGGCUUCUGCCAUGGCUCAGGGCGUCUUUGUUGACCUGGCGCUGCCGUACGGUACAAAGGUGCAUCUGGGCUCGGAGUCUCUACCUGGUGUCUUCUCAAUGGCAGGUCAAAAAGGAAAAGACUCUUCGGUGAAAACUUUGAUGGACCCAAAGGCAAUAUUUGAACUGUUGUGCCUUCAAAACUCUAGCACCACGUUUCCCUUUACGAAUCUGUGGAUGCCAGGUGAUGGCAUUGAAAAGGUCUACAGCGCUUUGCCAGAAGACGACGUUAUCUUGAGCCACUUUCGACUAUACCAAGAAUCUCUAUUUCACCUCGAGUCCUCGAUUAUAAAUUUACUAAACUUUGAGACUUCACUUCAGGAGUUUCUUCAAAGGCGAAGAAAUACUCCCCUCGAUGCUUUCCUAGAACCCCUUUCUGUGUAUCCAAUCUCGUGGUUUGGAUUGCUAUUCGGAAUGCUGGCAUGCGGUGCCCAACUUGCUUCGAUAGAAGGGCAGCUUGAUACCACGAAAGCAUGGGUUUUUGCAUGCUGCUCUUUUCAAUGCUUACGAUCAUGCAACUUCACUUCGUACCCAAAUAUAGAGGUUGUUCAGACCUUGAUAAUGCUGGUAAACUACCUGAGGAACCAGGGAGACGCAGGGGCGUCGUGGUCCAUGUUGGGCUUAGCAAUACGACUUGCCCAAGCCCUGGGCAUUCACUGCACGCCAGAUCCACACACUAUCAGCAAUACAAAAGAAAGAGAAGAAGCCAUUAUCAAGUCUUCUAUAUGGCGUUCUUUAGUCUGGCAAGACACUCUUUCAUCCCUUUGCUACGAUCGACCGUCCGGAAUUACUGUCCUUGAAUCCAUUCCAUCGACCACUUCUUCGCCGCGAUUCUAUUCAUUCUUCGACAGCUCUCACCAUUUGUUUGUGACUGCAAACAAGAUCAGUCACUCUCAGAAUCAGGCCAAGUUCUCAGGAGAGCGGCUACCCAACGAAACGAUUCUUGACUUCCGAAAGAUUGUCAACGUCAUCGAGACCCGAUCGGUUCCUCAUCUACAAGAUUUAUCCAAAUGCCAAUCAAAGAAUGACUAUCUCCAACACUAUAUAUUCCGACUCUUCUCAGACUCGGUCAUGGUCUGCCUAUAUAGGCCAGCCAUGACGGGCGAUGAAACCCAAGACAGCGACAUUACAGAGUACUACCUGAACCGAUGCCGAUCUGCUCUACAAACAUACAUGGAACUGCUCAAGUUGAAUGGAGCUUUCCAGAGGCUUUGGUUCUUUGUUCACAUUACUUUCAGCUGCGCUCUGAUUUUGGGCCAGGCGGCCAAUACGCAGAACGUUCAUGCCGACAAGGAGUUUUUGAAGCGUUUCUUCCAUAGCGUCUCGGAAAACCGCGCUUUUGUCAACCUUCCUGUCUAUGAAAACGCUUGGAAGUUGCUGCGCGAGUUCCUAUUUGCAAACGAGCCAAUCAUGGAAUCCUGA